ACAACAUCAAAUAAAAUCAAGACAACAAUGCCGUCCUAACUUGAAAUUCUCAUAUACUACUUACUAGAUUAGAUGCUGACAUAGUACUGUAGUGUUAUUAAUCCCUGUGGGCUCUUCCUCCUCUUCAAGUGUUUUAUUUUACUGCUCUUUUGAAGUGGAUUGGCAGCAUAAUUCCUUCCACAGAAUUACCCACUGCUCAUUCUCUCAUUUAUACAUAUUAAUACUUUGUUCUACUGGCUGUAAAUCAAAACAGCUGCUUCUGCUAGAGCUCACACCAGAAAAUCCAAGAAUAACACCCCAUUUCGUCUUUCUUCAAUUAUGAUUGCACAAAUAGCAGUAGCAACAACAGUUGGAGUACUGGGAUGGGCUUAUUUGGCAUUACUUAAGCCUCCCCCUCCAAAAGUUUGUGGCUCACCGGGUGGUCCUCCAGUGACUUCGCCAAGGAUCCAACUCAGCGAUGGGAGAUAUUUAUCCUACAAAGAGGAAGGCAUUGCCAAGGAGAAGGCAAAGUACAAGAUCAUUAUUGUUCAUGGCUUUGAUAGUUCUAAAGACUUGAAGUUACCUAUUUCUCAGGACCUCAUACAAGAGCUACAAAUAUAUCUCCUACAAUAUGAUCGUGCUGGUUAUGGAGAGAGUGAUCCACAUCCAAAGCGCUCAGUAAAGAGUGAAGCAUUUGACAUUGAGGAGCUAGCUGAUAAGUUGCAACUAGGACCCAAGUUCUAUGCGCUUGGCUUGUCCAUGGGAGCCUAUCCUCUGUGGAGUUGCCUAAAGUACAUACCGCAUAGGUUGGCUGGAGUUGCCCUUGUUGUUCCAUUUGUAAAUUACUGGUGGUCCUGUUAUCCUGCAAAACUAUCAAAAGAAGCUUUGGGAAAGAUGCUUCCUCAAGAUCAGCGAACAUUUCGGAUUGUACAUUAUGCCCCAUGGCUGGUUCAUUGGUGGAUGAACCAAAAGUGGUUCCGCGCUUUAAGUAUUACGGAAGGGAAUAUGGCCAUAUUUAGUCCUCCAGAUCUAGAAAUAGUGAAACAGUUAUCAGGUGCCCCUAGUCCUGGUCAGGAAAAAGUUCGACAGCAGGGCGAGUUUGAAUGUUUGUAUCGGGACAUGAUAAUAGCUUUUGGAAACUGGGACUUUGCUCCAACGGAGAUUACAAAUCCUUUUCCAAAUAACGAAGGUUCUGUCCAUCUUUGGCAAGGACACGAUGACAGAAUUAUCCCACGUGAACUCAACCGUUAUCUAGCAGAGAAGCUUCCGUGGACUCAAUAUCAUGAGGUUCCUAAUGCUGGACAUUUGUUAAUUUACAAUGCUAGUUUUUGUGAAACCAUCUUGAGGAAACUUUUGACUAGUUGAGUGAAACUGUAUGAUGUAAAUUUAGCAUCCAUCAUGUAUCUGUGAGUAAGACGGUAACUACCUUUGAUUAGCAACUUAACUGAUAAUUGUGAACUUCAUUAGCUUUUGUAAUAAAUCUGAGAUAAAAGUUUAUCAUUAUCUACUGUUUCAGCUAAGGUUCUCUUAUU